GUAUGUGUAAUUCGACAAUAUUGAUCAUAGAGAGUUUAAAGUCUUAUAUACAAAAAUUCAGCUCUUGAAUCGAUAAAAGUUGAAAAAUAUAACUCACCAUUCAGUUGCAAUUUUAAUGCAGAUAUUGGAUAAGGCAAUUGAAAUAUUGAGUUGGUAUUAAAACUGGGUAGUGAUAUUUCUUAACAUUUGCUUGAUUUGUGAGUUACAAGUAAUUAACAUUAUGCCAAAUAAAAAGGACGACAGGGACCAGAAAAGAAAUAAAGAGGAAAAGGAGAAAGUGAAGGAAGAUGGUGAUGAAGAGGUUGUGAUAAUAGUGGACGGAAAGCCGUUUCAUUUUUCGAGCGAACUGCUAUCACGGCAUUCAAGCGUUUUUAAACAGCAAUUAAAAGACCAUAAACGGCAACAGAGGCGAUUUGAAAGACUGGAAGAUGACAUGCAGUAUCUAGAUGUCGCAGACUGUAUGGACUUCGAGGACGUGAGUGAAAUAGGAAUAGUCAUAGAGGACUUUAAAUAUUCUGAGGUUAAGCCGGCCUUGGAUAUAUUGCUAUGCCAGGGAAAGGCCAGCGAUCUAUCACAAAAGAAAAUUCGGAAAAUAUUGCCGUUUCUGUACAAGUACGAAAUAACUAAACUGAAAGAUUUGUGUGAGCAGAAGCUGCAGAGUCUGUUAUCCUCGAGUGACAAUGCUGACCACAAGUCUGCAUUAGACCAUCUCUAUCUAGCUGAAAAAUACAGCUUGAAACGGCUCAAGAGCGUUUGCAUUGACCUAUGUGCAACAGACACCAGCACAGCUAACAGGCACAAUGUUACAAAAGAUAAACACGUUGUUGAGAAAACAAAGAUAGAAAUUCUGAACUUAAUGUUUGAAAAAAUGGAAAAAAGGUAUGAAUACAAGUUGCAGCGCAUACAAUCAGAUAUGAAUAAAAGAUGUCGACAAAUCGAAAAGAACAGAGAGAAGUUUAUGGAACAAACCGAACAAUGGAAAAAAGAUAUGAGUGAUAAAGUGCAAGAAGCCUUAAAUGAAGGGGACCAAAUACAUGCAGAUCAGAAUGAAGCAUUGAAAAAGCCCGCUAAAGAAUGGGACAGAAUAUAUGCAGAGAUAAGUAAGAGUAUUCAAAACGCCGAAAACAAAGGUGAGCACUUACAGGAAGAUCUCUUUGAGAAGAUUCAGCAAGCUGUCAAAGAAGGGAAGAAAAUGCAUGCAGAAAUAACUAAAGUCAGGCAAUGCAAAAUCAAUGAAGCAUUAGAAGAAUCUUUGAGGGAGAAUUACGAUCUAUAUGAUCAACUUGACCAACAAUCAGUUGAGCUGGAUGAACGAAACAAACGUUUGACGGAAUCUGAAAUAGAGAUCGAAAAGGCUAAUCUUUUGACGGACAAAGCUAAUGCGAAACUGCAUAAAUACAUGCAGAAAGAUCAUGAGCUGAACACAUGGAUGAAAUGGGCCAAACCGGUCAAGGAAUAUGGCGAGGGAUGCACAUGUUUUCGACAUGUGCAAUACAGGAAAUGUUUGGCUGUCAAUUAAAGUGUUUGCUACAUUUGACAAGUUGACACAAGUUGGCUCAUGUAGUUUUAAGCCGCAUGUGAAAUUGAAAGUACAUGUACAUGUAGAAUAGUUAUUUUUAGCUGAAUAGAUUUACUUAAACAGAUUGAUCUACAAAUUGUGUUGACCCUUCUAUUGGAUUUAUUUAAUGACUGAUUUCUGCCAUUUCGUGUUUUCGACUUUUUGCGGCAAAUGGCGAAAACGCGCCAAGUCUCGGGGCGAACAUAUGUUAAGUUUCGGGGCGAAUAAGGCGUAAAGUGACAGGAAGAGAAUGCGACAAAAUUAUUGGCAAAUUAUCCAAUACACAAUCUAUGAUUAUGUGAUUAUUAAAUAAGCUUACUUUUGUUAACUAUUUUUUAAGUUUUCAGUUAGACUUUAUUAUAAAACUGUUUUGCUAUUUGUUAUUUCUUUGAAAUAAAAUCGAUAUGUCUGUUUGUAAUAAAGUUAUGAUAUGAUA